CCGGCGUGGAUCUGGACCGGGUCUGGACUUGAUCUGAUCGCCGACCCCCUCCUGUCGCUGGCCCGACUUGCCCCCUCUCCUGCCCCUUUCCGCUCUGCCCAAGAUGCCGUCCCGCAAAGCAGUCCCCAAGAGCGCAUCUGUCCUCGGACCCGAUGCCACCGCAGACGCCGAACAGACCCCGAGGAGAUCACUGCGUGUUCGCGGAAAGCGAGAGCGAGCAUCUUCCCCAGACCACCCGCAGCCCGAGCAGCCAAAACGAUCUGCACGCAAGCAGCUGCCGAAAGCCGCCGCAUUGCUUGCGAUCGAUACACAGCCGGCAACGGAGCCGUCCGUCGAGGCAUCAACUCAUGGGUCCGAAUCCCGUGAUGACGCUCAGAGCAGACCAACGUGCUACUGGCUGAUGAAAGCCGAGCCUGAAACCCGGCUGGAAAAGGGCGUUGAUGUAAAGUUUGGAAUCGAAGACUUGAAGGCUAAAGGCAGGUCGCAUUGGGACGGGGUCCGCAACUACGAGGCCCGGAACAUCAUGCGAGACAAAAUGAAGAUUGGCGAUCUGUGUUUCUUCUACCACUCCAACUGCAAGAUGCCUGGUAUCGCCGGAGUGUGCCGGGUAGUAUCGGAGGCAUACGCAGACUUCACCGCUUUCGACCCAAAUCACCCAUACUUUGAUCCCAAAUCACAGAAGGAUAACCCAAGAUGGUUUAUGGUUGAUGUCGAAUACGUGAGGACGCUCGAUCGGUUCAUCUCGCUCAAGGAGCUCCAGAGCCACGGAACCAAGGAGCUGAGCAGCAUGGCUCUGAUCCGCCGCGGACGGCUCUCGGUCCAGCCUGUUUCGGCUGGAGAGUGGGAGUAUAUUAUGUCGCUGGAAAAGACACCUGCGCCAGAGAGAGAUUCAUGACGGCUGCAACUUGAGAUCCACCCUGUUUGGAGUGAAGCAGGACAAUGGCAAAUGAAUGUGUCUUCAAAUCAGUCACUGCCUGCGGUUGAUUUCGGCAGUACAAUCUUGAAUGCAUCCGGUCGAUCUCCUGUAGAGAUGAUCGACUGGCACUGAUGCUGUUUAACCUUUGGCCAACGGAUGGUUUCUCGACCCCAGGACAGUCGGGCCGGACGAGUCGCUUGCCCUAUCUUCGAAUGGCCCUGAUCCCGAAUCCCUUCACGAGGGAACGCUUGUUCGCAUUGUCUGCCUCAUGAGCCAGGGAAUCAACGAAGGCCGCAACAUGGGCUUCUGGGCCAACUUCCGAGCCAGCUUCAACCUCCCCCCUCUCACCACCUGAUAUUGCGGCGCACAAUAAAGAAAGAAAAAAAAAA